ACACAAGCAAGCUGCUGCCGCUUUUUCCUGUAUUCUAAAGAACUGCAGAUGGAAAGAGAAUGAGAGAGAGAGAGAGAGAGAGAGAUGCAGAGAGAGAGAUGCAGAGAGAGAGAGAGAGAGACUGUAGAAGCUGGUUGCUUUCACUGAUGUGAAGAAUUGCAGAGGCAAAGGAGAGUAGAUUGAGCAAGAGAGUGUGAAAGACAAAGACAGGAAAAGAAAGAACACUCACUGUUGUGUACCCAUCUGUUUAAAGAAAAUACAGAGCAGGAGAGAAACACGGGGGGAGAGAGAGAGCGAGAGAGAGAGAGUGAGAAAAUUGACUGUUGGUACAUGCCGAAGAUUUGUAGAGGGAGGGAGGGAAAGAGGGGGAUGAGUGGGUGAGAGAGAGAGAGAGAAUGCACCUUUUAGAUAGAUAGAUAGAUAGAUAGAUAGAUAGAUAGAUAGAUAGAUAGAUAGAUAGAUAGAUAGAUAGAUAGAUAGAUAGAUAGAUAGAUAGAUAGAUAGAUAGAUAGAUAGAUAGAUGUCUUCAAAAAAAAGGAGGAGGAGUGCAGAAGAAGGAAAUAAGGAGUAGGAGGCAUGCAUGCAUGCGUGUGCGUGUGUGGACGGAAUUAUACUUCUCUUCACUGUGCUUCCCUUAUCCCACUUGGAAUACAAUGCCUGUCCCAGGAUUAGAAAUAUCUGACCAUCGGACAUCACCUCCCUGUUGAGAGCACACAGAGCUUGUUCCAGCAAUGGGCUGUAUAGGGUCCCGGACGAUCACAGCAGAGGCGGUCCCUGUUGGAAGGCGGGAUGGCGAACAGCAUGGACGGACAGAGCUCUCUUGGGAUGGCAUUAAUAUCUCCAUGGAGGACACGACAUCCAUCCUGCCCAGGCUGAAGAGAAACUCUAAUGCUUACGGGAUUGGUGCACUGGCUAAGUCUUCAUUAUCAGUAGGUGUCUCUCGCAGCGUAAAAGACCAUAUCACAAAGCCCACUGCCAUGGCUCAAGGUCGGGUAGCCCAUAUGAUUGAAUGGCAGAGCUGGGGCAAGCCAUCAGCAGGACCUGCCGGGCGUUCAACAAAUCGGGAGCGUGACCGGAGACUUGAGAAUGACGCUUAUUCAGAUUUGAGCGAUGGUGAAAAGGAAGCACGCUUUGCAGCAGGUGUAAUGCAGCAGUUUGCCAUUUCAGAGGCGACACUCUUAGCAUGGACUUCAAUGGAUGGCGAGAGCAUGAGUGCAGGUUCAAACCAGGGAAGUGUGGCACACUUGAGUGAAGUCAACCAAGAAUCAGUUACAAGUCGAGAUCAAAUCUUGCAUCAUUCUGUAGAUGGCUGGCCUCAUACUUAUGUUUCGCAGGGAAUGUACUGUCUCAGCUCUUCAGAUGCCUGGGAACCCAUGAGUAAUGAACCAUCUGGCGUGGCUUCUCCAGCAACGGGCUCCUAUGUGGUCGGGGGUGUGCCUUCACAAGGUUAUGAUGAUGGUGCUGUUUACCUUGCACAGCAGCAGGCAUUUGAAACCCGGGUGAGCCUAAGUCAUUCUGCACAGCAGACACCCAACAGCACCAUCCACAGUCAACAGACUCCGCUUACUCACACGCAGCUGGUUGACCUGUGGGGAGCAGCACCGGGAGGUGUUUACUAUGCAGAAGUUGGUGGUUAUGUGGGAGUAUCAGCAGAAGAAGGAAAUGCAUCAGUAGGAGAAGGACUCGCAGUGGACAGUGCCCCUCUACUAGAGAAGCAGGAGCUGCAGGAUGAAGAAGAUGAUGCUGUGUGCAGAGAUAUGGAAUCUCUUUCUCCACCAAAAGAAGAAGUAGCUGUCAGUAAUAAUAAUGGUAUUGCCAAUGGUGGCAACAAUGAGACAAUCCUGCCUCGCAAGAUCUCUGACGUUACCUCUUCUGGAGUACAGUCCUUUGACGAGGAAGAAGCUGAAGCUGCUAACAAUUGAGAGUUUCUCUCCUUCUCUCUCUCCAGAGUCUGAUGUCAUAAUAUAUGUACAGGUGGUACCAUGUCCAAAGAAAAGUAGACAACCUGAAAGACAGCAUUGAGUCAAAACUUAAAUGGGCACUUGAGUUAACUGUGGAGGAUCUACGAAAGUUCUUCUAUAGAAGGGUUUCAUUGAACGAUGAACAUUAUGAAACAUUAUGAAAGAGUCUGGCAUCAAUGAAUCGCUCCUCAUGGGUUUUAAACUUGUUUCUACUAAAGGUCUUCAAAUGUCUCUGUUGAAAUCGAGAUGGUAUUGUCACAGGUGAAGACUCGGGACUGAAAUGUAAAAAAAAAAUGUGAAGCAGUGAAGGCCAAAAGGAAUACAAAUCAGCUGUUUAAAGACUUUGAGAAAAACUCAGUGUCUUAAAGUGUCUUAAACGUUCUGUAUUCUCAUCUUUUUGCCAAAACAAUACCUGUUGUCUGCAUUUAUUGGAAUGUGCUUUUAACUCACAGACUUGAGUCUUAUAAUAAUAAUAUUAUUUUUAUAUAUUUAUUUUUUAAAAUGAUUAUUGUCUGCAUGUUCAGAGAUUGCUUAUUUACUGUAAAGAUUCUGCUGACUGCCCAUUGCACCAGUAAUCAUUCCACUAUGAGAAUGCUAGCAGAUCUUUUUGUUACAAUGGGACAGUCAGGGUUUUAUUAAAAACACUGGGAAUAGGACUAAUUUUAAUGGGCAUCUGUGUGCAAAUACUGUGUAAAUUCUUUCAUUUUGCAGGGAAGUUUGUUUGUUGUACCCAAACAGGGCCUUUCUUGUUAAAUGCCUCUAGGUGUUUUGUCUACUUCUGGGCAUCAAUUGGCACUGCAAUUUUAGAUGUGCCCAGGUUCAGCAUGGACAUGCCAUGUGGUGUCUCGGUCCAAUCUAUAAGUUUGGCAGGCAAUGAUGAAUUUGAAAGUAAAGUCUGCAGUCUAGACAUCUGUCAUAGACUUAAUGGUUAAUCAAUUAACAACCAUUAUGAAUUUUGCUUUGUACAGUCAAUCUUGCUGUAUGAUUGUCACAUUUGCAGUAACCAGCUACUGCUAUUAAUGUAUCUGGACUGCCUGAAAGCUCUACAAAGCAUGCAUAUCCCUCUUUUUUAUGUAAUGGUUGGACUGAAAAAUAAAGAGAAAAGGUGCAUCUCUUGAUGUAUGCAAUUA